AUGGCUCCAAAAGAAAUACGCCAAGGAUCCCGCAUUACCAAGACAAUCACCAUUCACCCGCAUCCAGAUCCUCUUCUCUGCCCUGUCGCAGCCUACUUGGUUUAUGUCUCUCGAAUUGCUUCGGUAACAUGCUACGCAGCUCACUCAGCCUUCCCUUCAAUCAGCAUACAUUGCCUCUUCCGCUCUUUAGCCGAUCACUCGCAGCCAAUCGGGCCCGAACGAAUCUCCAAGCACAUCCGCCGGAUCAUGACGCAUGUAGGCAAACCAGGCAAUGCUCCGGUUCCCAAGGUUAGGGCCUUAGGUGCUACACUAGCCGCUCAAGCAGGCAUCGCAGUGGACGACAUAGUGGUACACGGUAACUGA